CGCGAAGGUCAGCUAAUAGCAAUCAAAGGUUCAGAUAGGUGAAUAAGUAGUGACAUGAUUCUUGCCGACAACUUUACUAGAAGAUAGCUUCAGUUCUCAUUGCAUUCUAGUCAAGUAGAAGGAAAGUGCUCUGUGAGGGUGGAGUGUUGUUUGAAUUUUGCCGCCGAAAUUACGGCAAAGCUUAGUGUUUUAUCUUGAUAACUAUGGGAUUGGACAAAGUACUAUGGAGGUUUAUUAGAGUAAAGGGGGAUGAUAAUGUAAGUGGUACACAAAUUGAAGAUAGUCAAGUGAGUUCGAGAACCAGUAGAGAGACUGUAAACUCGGGAAAUGCUUUACUAUCAAAAAUAUAUACAAGAAAGAUCCGAUGGAGGGAAGGACAAUAUUCCUUAAUCAUUAUAAGUGCAGUAUUAACAGUUUUCGGAUUGGUGCAGAUACUAUUUCCUCCAUUUGAUUUACUCCUGGAUUUACGAAUACGAAUGACCCCUGGUCUUCCAGCAUAUGAAUGGUGGGUGGUUCCGCCAAAAGAUGCCAUAGUUAAAAUAUACCUUUUUAAUGUUACUAACUCAGAGAGAUUUUUAAACAAGACUGAUAAUAAAUUAAAGUUAGAGGAAGUAGGUCCAAUAGUAUUUAGAGAAAUCCUUGUACAUAAGAACAUCGUAUUUAACGACAAUGGAACACUCUCCUACACAUCUAAUAGGACUCUUCAGUACGCACCAGAAAUAAAUCCUGUAAAUUUAUUGAACAAGACUAUCGUGAUGCCUAAUCUUGCAGUAUUUUUUAUCGCUUCUUACUUGUACGACGCAUCAUUUUUCAUUAGAGUUGGAUUAAAUAUGAUGAUGAGAUCGUUGAAAUCAGAGCUUUUUAAAACCGACAGUGUUCACAACUUUUUAUGGAAUACGACAGAUCCAAUUCUAGAUACAUCUCAGAAGAUCGCUCCAUUUUUUGUUCCGUCUAAAAAUGUUGGCAUUUUACAUCGAAUAUAUGAGAACUAUGAAGACAAUGUAACGGUAUACAUUGGUCCAACUUUUCCUCAUGAGGACUUUUUCCGAAUAGACAAAUAUGAUGGUUCGAAAUUCUUGCCCGGCCUUCGGGAGUGUGAAAUUGUUAAGGGAGCCUUUGAUGAUCUCAUGUAUAACCAAAAAUUGACAAAAAAUAUGACAUUAAGAUUUUAUAGAAAGGAGUUGUGUCGUGUGGCUAACCUUAAAUACGCAAGAGAUAUCGAGAAGUAUAGUCUGAACGGUUACAGAUAUGAAAUGGAACCACACUUUUACGACAGAAUUUAUCCUGCUACCGAAGACUGCUAUCAUGGCACACCAAGCCUUCCAAAUGGGUUAACAGAUGUAUCAGCAUGUAACUACGGCGUUUCAUUAGCUGCCAGUCAUCCACAUUUUCUUUAUGGAGAUAAUGUUCUUCGAGAAUCUGUAGAAGGACUAAAACCAGAUAAAGAAAAACAUACAUCAUUUACAGAAGUUGAACCCAUCACUGGAGUACCUAUCAUAGCUGCAGCACGGUCUCAGUGCAACCUCGUUAUUAAGAAUAUGAAAGGCUUUAGUGAAAGACUUAAUCAAUUUAGUAACUUGAUUAUACCAUUAGCCUGGAUCGAAGUGGUUCAGGAAUCCUUACCCCUGAAGGUUCAAUGGUUGGUAUAUAUACAAGUGGUUAUUCUACCCACCUUCCAGAAAAUUCUAGUAAUAUUUACGUUUCUAUGUGCUUUAUUAGCGCUAGGAAUUUUUCUUAGUCGCCGAAGACACCAAACGAAACAAGCUCAUUCUGCCAGCAAUAAAACUCUUACCUUUGAGGCCGAAAACUUUUUGAAAAGGUAGCGAACAUCAAUUAGAAAAGUUAGAUUAUUAGUUCUGACAAUUAUAUCAAAACUUUUUCAAAAGAAAAUGAUAAUACUGAUCUUGAUUAAUUUAUUUUUCUCUGUGUUUGUGGUAUUUUUAAAUUUGCAAUUGAUAUUGUAGAAUAAUUUUAUAUUAUUAAAUAAAUAUUAUUAAAAUUUUUA